GUGAGGAAAGUCGAUCAUGAAUCGUCUACAAAUCAUUUGUAGUUUAUUGUUUUUUAUGUUUUGUGAUUGCCUCGAGUUUGAUAUCGACAAAUGUGUGGCAGCCUGUGAAAAAAAGAAUAUUGCGACAGUUAAUGAUAAAGAAUUAUGUGGUCAAUUAUGUUUUAAGGAGUCUCUUGAAAGAAUGCUAAAACAAGAUUUUGAAAGAAAAUUACCAAAGCCAGCGAGACCAAGAGCUUUUAAAAUUGGAUGGGAGAGGAUAAGUUUGGUUUUCAAUACGACGGAGUUGGCAAACUACAGUGGAUUGAAUUAUAUAUUGGAAGUAAAGCCUAAUUGGAAUGGUCCCCAGAAAAGUGAUGUCUUUACCGUUUAUCCAUAUAUACAAAAAUACCAUAAGACGAAUGAAACAACAUACCUCGUGCAGAGUCUUGAACCAAAUACCGACUAUCAGUUCCGAGUUAUGGCUGUAACGACGAACGAAACGUCAACGUUUAGCAAUUGGAGCAAUUGGAGCAAUUGGAGUAAUACAAUAUCAACAACAAGCUAUUGCUCAAAACCUCCAUGUGGCGUAAGCAGAAUACGUAUACAGUUGACAAGCGACGUGCCUUACAAGGGAAUGGUAAUUUUGAAGUCCGUAUUUUACUGGGAGCCAACUAUACUGAAGCCGCCUUUUACGGAUUACACAUGGAAUCGCGAGUUUAUAAGGCUGGCGUCUGCUCAAUCAUCUUGCGCCGAUCACUUUACAGCCACUGCUAUCCAAAAUGAGAAAAAAAGCCUCAAAGAGCAGGAUAUUUUUACCAAUAAGAACCUUACGACAUACACUCCUACUAAAGACCUAGCCCUUUAUUACGACUGUUGGUACUUCUUUCAGUUGCAUUUACAACCUAACCAUUUCUCGCGAAAAGAAUUUGCUGUGAGAAAAUGGACAUUUCAUAUACCUGAUUGCAUAGUUGUCAACGACACUAAAAUUUGUGGGUGUCCAUAUGUUCCCAUCCAAGAUGACAAAAGGCAUCACGUUUUGAAUGUAACCAUUGCGUCAUCAAACACUUCGUUGAUCGCUCAUGUAAACUGGAAUGAUAAUUUGUGGCGGAAUGAUGUUGAUGUCAAAUACUAUUUAAUCGAACUUUACGAUAAUGACAUCGGUACAUCUCUUUACAUAGAAUAUUACGACGCUCACGCAAACGUUCACAACUAUAAUGCGUCGUUCAAAUUGAAGGCUGAACAAAGAAACAAAAAGCAUCGAAUUAAGUUGACAGCAUUUCACCGUGAUCACUGCAAUCAUUAUUUGACGGAAAUUGUACAUUUUUUUGCGAAAGAACCAUGUUUGAACGCAACAUGUCGAAUGAAUAGCACUUGUCGUCCAGAUUAUUUUAAAGGAGAGUACAAAUGCGAAUGCCAUCCUGAUUUCAGGUUGUUAGAGGAUAAAUGUGUAGAUCUAUGCAGGCGAAGACCAUGUGGUGAGAACGAAACCUGCAAUGUGGUCGAUAGGAGACGAAUAUGUAGUUGUACUCCAGGUUUUGAAAACGUUAGUGGAAUUUGUGAACCUGUGGACAGAUGCAGGAAUAAUCCUACGGAAUGUACGAGAGAAAAUAAUGCUUCAGACGAAAACUAUAAAGGAAUUAUUGCCGGAGUUGUCCCAGCCCUAAUAAUUGUCAUAGUGAUCGCCGUCGCAGUCAUAUUCCGAUUGAGAUAUUUUCACAGAAAACGGAUAAAUUUCAUUCAAAGAGAAUUCGAAGAUGCUGUAUCGGGCAACCACUCUGGAACAUUAACGAAUCCGUAUCAAAGUCAAAUUGAACUUGUCACGCUACCCGAAAGCAGCAGUAAGGAGAUGAAUUUAUUGUACGUCAUGCAAAAAGAUCUGGUCAUCCCUGACGAUUUAAAGAGUUCAAUAGGAUCAUUCGAGUUACCCGGUGAUCGUGUCAAACUUCGUAGUAUGAUUGGCAAAGGAGCGUUUGGUGAAGUAUACAUCGGUGAAGCAAAAGGAGUUAAUAAUAACCCCGAAUGGACGACCGUUGCAAUCAAGACUCUUGCAGAGUCAGUCAGAGAAGAAGAUGUGCACGAUUUUCUCCGUGAAAUUCAACUAAUGAAGGACCUCGGAAAACAUGAAAAUGUCAUUCAGAUGUACGGUUGUUGCACGAGCUGCCGUCCGAUAUGUUUGGUCUUAGAAUACGCAUCGGGUGGGAAUCUCAUCAACUAUCUAAGGUCUAUAAAAAAAAAGUGCAAAGAAAUAGCGGCCGCGAGAGCCUACGCAUUCAUCAAUUCUGAAAAGGAAAAGUACAAAAAGUUUUUUGAACCCGGUGAAAUGCCAGAAGCCUCCACCUCAUUUCCUUUUGAUCCAUACAAGCGACCUUUGGGAUCUAAGCCUGUGAGAGUUGAUGAAGCUGAAGCUUUAAACUUAGAGGUAGCCGCAAAAAUUAACGAGGAACUUCGAAAUGCCUUGGAUCCGAAGGAACUGGAAUCGUUUGCUCGGCAGAUUGCUAGCGGAAUGGAACAUGUCGCUGGGCUUGGAAUCGUUCACCGUGAUUUAGCAGCAAGAAAUAUUUUACUUGACAAAAGCAAAGUGCUAAAAAUAUCGGAUUUUGGUUUGUCACGUGAAGGAACGUACGUUAAGCAAACUCACGGAAAGAUUCCAUUCCGCUGGCUAUCAAUUGAGGCUAUCAUAGAAAGGUUUUACUCCACUGCCAGUGACGUGUGGGCAUUUGGCGUUGUGUUGUGGGAGAUUUGUACAUUAGGAGAAGUACCCUAUUCGACAGUGUCUGAUAGGGAUCUAAAAGACUUCUUACUCAGUGGAAAGAGGAUGGAAAAAGUAGAAAGUUGUACAGAUGAAAUAUACGAAAUAAUGUUGAAGUGCUGGAAUCAUUUGCCUGAAGAGAGACCAUCGUUUUCCGAAUUAACAAAAUGCCUUUGGGAUCUUGAACACGGGGGAAACACUUACGUGAACGUUGAAGGAUUUAUCCAUGAUGAUCGAGGUCAGGGUGACGAAAGCCAAGAAGAAGAGGCAGAGAAGGACAACAACAAUCUUCAUGAUAAUUCCGAUGCAGAAUCGAGUCCGGCCGAGGAUUCUGUUGGGGGAUUUGAUAACCGGGCCUUUAGCCUAAGCGGUGAAGAGGAUUUAAACACAAGCGACGACAAACAAUUGAUCCGGAAGUUCAAGGACAAGGAUUCUUCAAAAUCGAAGGUUGCUAAUGAAAAUAAGGAUCAGGUAAUUCAUGAAAAAGUUGGUAAUGGUGUAAAAGGUGAGAAACAUCCAUCAAAUGUCGAGUAAAAUGCAGAACAUUUUAAUUUAAAAAAAAAAGAAAAUUAUGUCGCGGAAAAUGAGUUGAUUCGUUAGAUUUAGCAGUAUAGAUGAACGUCGAAUUUAAAGUUCUUAGUAAUCUUUCUAAUCUAAAAUUUAAAAUCUCUUCCUGAUCUAAAAUUUUAUUAUAUAAUGGGUGAUUUUACAUUUUCGAUGCGACUGAGCAAACAUAUGAUCGCGUAAUGUAUAUAAUUAUACGAUUCCAUCCAUGGCCUUUUUCACAUGGGUCAGAUUAAGAUGAGAUAAAUACCAUACUAUUGUUCGAUUAAAUUAAUGUCCAUAAUUUUAUGUAGUACACAGGGUGUCCCAAAAAGUUCCCUCUAUUGAAAUCAAGCCUUUGUUAGAAUCAGAUUGCCUUAAUA